AUGGCGGAAUCGCCGAAGUUCCUCAUAUACCGUGGCAAGGAUGCCGAAGCAAUCGAGGUACUGCAUACCAUGGCUCAGUACAACGGAUCCAAAUGCGACCUCGUUCUGGAGGAUCUUGUAUCCCUAGAGCACGAGUUUGAUUCAGACCGAAGACACGGACCUAUGCUUGGAGGUGGUGUCAAGCAGCUCAAAUCUACAUGGACCGAGAAACUCAAACUGGAAGGCGAUCGCUUCAAGCUUCUAUUCUCGAGCUUUCAGAUGACAAGGUUGACGCUUUUGGUAUGGUUGACGUACAUAUGCGAUUACUGGGGUUUUACCGUUGCUGGUGAGUUUCACGCCCGUCUUGCUUGA